UGAUGAGGCUGCACUGAUGGGCACUGAUGAGCUGGUACUGAUAGGUGGCACUGCUGGCGCAACUGCUGGGCACUGGCUGGCGGCACUGCUGGGCUGCACUGCUGGACACAGGUGGGCGGAACUGGUGGGUGGCACUGCUGGGCACCGAUCAUCAGGGCACUGAUCAUCAAUGCACUGAUGAUCGGUGCCGAUCCCUGCUCUGACAACUGCUGGUUCUCGGCAGUACUUUCCUCAGGCUGUGACAGAGUGAGAAACGUGCAGCUGAGAAUCGGCAAUUGCAUUUCUCAGUGAUCAGC